AUGAGUGUAGCUGUUCUCCUCCUCCUGGGGCUGGGGCUGUUGGAGGCAGAAGGCAGAUGUUUCUUCAGUCACGCUCAGAAGUACUGUGUGUGCUACAACCUGUCUGAGGAAAGCCUAAGCAGCCUCAUCCAGUGCCUCCCAGCCUCUGUCGUGGAGUUUCGGGGAGGAGAGCUGGAGAAAUACGUAGCCUUCCCCAUCAGUGACCCGGACCCCUCCACCAUUGAAAUGCUGGGCUCCCUUGUCGUCAGGAAAAUAAUUUUUGGUGAACUCCUGGUACCUGAGAUACUCCUUGCCUGGAUCCUGAGGUUCUUCUCCUACACCCAGGUGCAGGAGCUGGUGUUUGAGAGCUGCAUUUUUGAGGGGAGAGGCAACUGGGAUGAAAUGGCCGGCCAGGACUUGCCCAUAUUGUCUCUGCACUUCCACAACGUGACAUCUCCCCCGCUGAUGGGCCGUGAGCAGGAUUUCUCUAGUCUGAGCAGCUGGUUGGAGAUCCUGCAAGAGCUGGCUGUCACUGCUUCCCAUGUCACCAGCCUGCCCUGUGUCAUCGGAAGGGUGUUCAAAGAUCUGCGCUCCCUGGAUGUAGCACAAAACAGCCUUGGGGAUGAGAGCUUGAUGGCCACCUUCUGCAAGGGAGCUUUCCCUCAGCUCCAGGUACUGAGUCUGCAGCGCAACAAUCUGACAUCCUAUCACAGGGUGUGUGAGAGCGUGCAGCUGCUGCCUGAGCUCCAGCAUCUAGAUCUCAGCCAGAACAAGCUCAAGGCAGACCCAUCCUCCUCCUGCCAGUGGCCAGUGUCCCUCCGAAUCUUCAACUUGUCCAGUGCUGGCUUGGAUGAAGUCCUCACGCCUCUGCCUCCCAGUCUAGAAGUGCUGGACAUGAGCUGCAACCACCUCCAUGCUGUAGACAUCUCCUUCAGCUCCCUGAAGAAACUCUUCCUGAGCCAAAACAUGCUGCAAGCUGCCCCCUCCAUCAAGAAUUACCCCAUGUUGGACACCCUCCACCUAGACAACAACUCGAUUACAGAGCUGCCAUGGAAUGAGGUGAAGCACCUGCAGGAUGUGGCUGCGGCUGACAACCCCUACAACUGCUCGUGCUCCGCGGCCGGGGGGCUCCAAGCGCUGGCGACCUUGGGGCACCUUGGGCAGAGCUGGCCCCAGGACUACACAUGUCACUCCCCCCCUCACUACCGGGGCAAGCUGGUGAAGGAUGUACCGGUCUCAGUGCUGCACUGUAACAGUGCUGCUGUGAUUGCUCCUGUCUGCAUUGCCCUCGCCCUGCUCGGUGUGGCUGGGGGCAUCUGCCUGCUCAGGUCCAGGCCCGGGCUUGUCCGACACUGCUGCAGAGUGUGA